GGUUACGCCCAUUUAAAACGUCAGGACGUUCGGGCCGCGGUCAGACAGGAUUGUCAUUUUUAAUGUUUAUACUAUCUUUGGUUGAGAGCAAUGGACAUGGACAAUGUACUGGCCUCUCUGGGUGUGGAGGGAGCUUCAUCGGCAGCCCAUGCUCUGUCUCUUCCAGCGGACGCGUAUGGAAAUGAUCCGCAGCUCGAAGUCAUGUGGGCGAUGAAGGCCUACAACCACGCAGAAGUCUACUUCAAUCUCAUUUCAUCUGUCGAUCCCAAGUUCCUGAAGCUGACCAAGGUGGAUGAUAAAAUCUACUCCUCCUUCAGGGAAACUUUCAAAGACCUCAACAUCAAGUUGCUGAAUCCAGACGACCUCAAGUCUGACGAGGCUAAGGAGAAAUGGCGUCCGUUUUGUAACGAGUUUCAAGGCGUCAUCGAGGAUUUCAACUACGGCACUCUGCUCCGUCUAGACUGUGAAAAAGACUACACGGAGGAAAACACCAUAUUUGCCACCAGGAUUCAGUUUUUUGCCGUGGAAGUUGCCCGCAACAGAGAAGGUUUCAACAGCCCAGUUUACAUGGCCAAACGCGUGUCCAAGAGCUAGCCUCGCAUCAGACCAGGACCUGAACCGAGAAGCCCUCUGCCCCAUCACCCAAGGACUGUCACUGAAUUACUCCUAAUUUAGUAAAAACGAUUAUCCAGAAGUUUUGAACCUUUUUGAUUUUAACGGGUAACGUUAUGUGGAAAUCUCCCUUAAUUUUGUCACGUUUUCCUCUGAGCUGCGGUGCUGACUUCGGAGACAGAUGUAAUGCUUAAGGGUUCAUUCCUCUGACUAAAACUUUGUCCUUCCAAGUGCUACUUAAUCAGCAGCCUAGUAAUUAUUUGUAUACUUUUAUCCAUCGUAAUUUUUCCUUUUUGUAUUUACUGUACAUUCUUAUUGUGCCAAUCACAAGUGGUUCUGUUUUGUAGCAAUCUGGAAAAUGCAUUUGACUGAUGGAAACCUGUAACAGUGGAAAUGAAGACGUCUGCUGUUGAUGGAAGUGAUUACCGAAAUUGUCAAAUGGAAGAGAUGUUAGACCCUGUCGUCUUUGAACCUGUACUGUUUAGUACUGAAUAAAAAUACAAAAUAAGACUCGA